CACCCGGAAGUUGCGUCACGUGAGAAGUUUUUUUCUUUUACAUGAGAAGUAGUUAUGCACAAAUGUUUUUACUUUGCAAAUUUUACUGUUGACGUUGUUUUUCAGAUGAACAGGGUUGAGUGUGAUCUUUUAGUCCCCGUAUUCAGGUGGAAUUAACGGCAUUAGUCUGCUGUUGAGGUGCUAAGCAACAAGCUAACUUAAGCUAGCUAGCUAGCCCAAACGGACUCUCUGAGUUUUUUCCCUCACUCCUGAUCUGAUGGAAGAAGAAACAUUCUCUGACAUUAGAGGUCAGCCCAUUACUCUGGGAUGUCAGAGGCACUCCAGCUUCUGCACGGAGUUCACUGUCAGCUCCCCCAAGGUGUCCAUCGGGAAGGUCCUGGCGUCCACCUGCUCGGUGUGGCUGCUGGCUUACCUGCUGUUCUUCUUCACACAGAACACGGCGGUUCUGUCCAGUGCCAUCCUCGUCACCUUGGUCGGCAUGGUUCUUCACAUCCACUUUGUGAAGGUCGACCACGAGUCCCUUCUAGUCAUCGGGUCUUUGGGCAUCCAGGUGUCUUCUAGCUACGCCUCAGGCCGCGAGAUCACGUCCUUCAUAGAGAUGGGCCGGAUUAAAGACAUCGUCAUCAACGAGGCUGUUUACAUGCAUCAGAUCAUCUACCACCUGUGUGUGCUGCUGAGGGAGCCGGCAGAGCCAGACGCCGUGGCGGGUGUGGUGCCCUUGUUCCAGAGCUCAAAGCCUAGACUCGGUUGUUUGGUAAAGGUUUACCGCAGCUGUCAGGAGAUCCUGUCCAAGGUUCCAUGAAGCUUGGAGGGGACGUCUGUCUGACCACACUUUGCUUCUGGUCCAGGGAGGCUUCUUAGAGCUCUUCAUCCCUGCUCUGCCGAGCAGGUUGGAUUCUGGUGCUGGUGUCAGUUUCCAGCGGGACGUGGCCUCCGCUCCCUGCCAGUGAACUCUCUGACCCCGUUGACCCUGAAGGUAGCACCUCUGCAGGACCACAGCCCAUCGGCUGCACUGAACCAACCACUGAGGGAUGGAAAUGUUUCAGAAUCCCAACAUUUCUACCGAAGCGCUGCUUUCUUCUGUAGGAAUCUCACUUUUAGAGUUGUAAUUAUUACAAUAAAAAGAAGGGAAAAAAAACA